CCACGAACAACGGAUGUCGAGGGACAGCAGGUGUCAAGCUCAGCAGCAUUGCAAGCAGACGCAAACCAGCCGUCACCUGACGAGCAUGAGCAGCAAGAAAUGAGCAGAGGCCCUGACGAUCCCGGUGAUCAUGGUAUGGGUGUUUAUGACUUUGAGGUCAAGGAGCAAGACCGAUGGUUACCCAUCGCUAACGUCGCUCGAAUCAUGAAAGGAGCACUUCCAGACAACGCCAAAAUCGCCAAAGAAGCCAAGGAAUGCAUGCAGGAAUGCGUCAGCGAAUUCAUCUCCUUCAUCACUAGCGAAGCUUCGGAGAAAUGUCAACAGGAGAAGCGCAAGACCGUCAAUGGUGAAGACAUUCUCUUCGCCAUGACCUCUCUAGGUUUCGAGAACUAUGCUGAAGCACUCAAGAUCUAUCUUGCCAGAUACCGCGAGACACUCGUCGCUCGAGGCGAACACCAGAGACCGAUGACUGGCGGAAGCACCACUCUCAACUCUGCUGGCGGUGCCCAAGAGACGUCGCCUUUCGAAGGAAGCAACAAUGGCGGAGCUGUUCUGAGCAGUGCGAUGGAGCCAAACGAGAGUUCCAGCAACGAGUUCGCUUAUGGCGUCGGUCAGGGAGCAACGGGAGAGUAU